UGUUGCUUCCGAACAUCCUGCUCACUGGUACACCAGAGGUUGGAAAAACUACACUAGGCAAAGAACUUGCAUCAAAAUCGGGACUGAAAUACAUUAAUAUUGGUGAUUUAGCUUGAGAGGUCUGAUCAUCGGAUAUCAUGGAGUCUGGCAAGGUGGCUUCUCCCAAGAGCAUGCCGAAAGAUGCACAGAUGAUGGCACAAAUCCUGAAGGAUAUGGGGAUUACAGAAUAUGAGCCAAGAGUUAUAAAUCAGAUGUUGGAGUUUGCCUUCCGAUAUGUGACCACAAUUCUAGAUGAUGCAAAAAUUUAUUCAAGCCAUGCUAAGAAAGCUACCGUUGAUGCAGAUGAUGUGCGAUUGGCAAUCCAGUGCCGCGCUGACCAGUCUUUCACCUCUCCUCCCCCAAGGGAUUUUUUAUUAGAUAUCGCAAGACAAAGAAAUCAAACCCCUUUGCCACUGAUCAAGCCAUAUUCAGGUCCUAGGUUGCUACCUGAUAGAUAUUGCUUAACAGCUCCAAACUAUAGGCUGAAAUCUUUACAGAAAAAGGCAUCAACUUCUGUGGGAAGAAUAACAGUCCGGCGGUUAAGUGUUGGUUCAGUUACUAGCAGACCAAGUACUCCCACACUAGGCACACCAACCCCACAGACCAUGUCUGUUUCAACUAAAGUAGGGACUCCCAUGUCCCUCACAGGUCAAAGGUUUAUAGUACAGAUGCCUACUUUGCAGUCUCCAGCUGUAAAAGCUUCAAUUCUUGCAACCUCAGCAGUUCAGAAUGUUCUAAUUAACCCAUCAUUAAUUGGGUCCAAAAACAUUCUUAUUACCACUAAUAUGGUGUCAUCACAAAAUACUGCCAAUGAAUCAUCAAAUGCAUUGAAAAGAAAACGUGAAGAUGAUGAUGAUGACGAUGAUGAUGACAAUGACUAUAAUUUCUAAUCUAGCUUUGCUGCA